AUGGGUAAACGUCGUAAUGACAGUACGAUCAGAAUCUUGAUGCUGGGUGCACCUGGGGUCGGGAAAAGCGCCCUGGAGUCCAGAUUCACGACCAACGAAUUCCCAGCAGCAUACGACACUUCACUAACGCGGCACAGUCGACGCUGUGUGACUCUGUCUCCCAAAGAUCAAGAGCCCGACUCGGAGACACGACCGUUGGAUACCUCGUAUGGGCUUACAAUCCCACUCCUAUCAGAUCGCGACGACCGGCUCACCACACAGUCAUCCAUAUUCUCAAAUCCUGCAUCGAUCCAAGAUCCUGAUUCUGCUGAGCAUAUUACAGCUCAAACAUUGGAAUCAUUUUCUGGGGAGCCUAUUACUUGUUCGGACUGCGAGAGGGAGAACAGUACUUUUCUAGUUGAAAUCAUCAACUCGCCCGACCUUCAGCAUCCGAAGAAGAGGGCCAAGACGCUUCUCAACGGGAGCUAUGAUGCAGUACUCCUAGUGUAUGACAUCGGCAGCCGGGGGUCUUUUGAGACUGUAGCUGACCUGCAUAAUGAGAUACCGCUCAGUGCCAGAAGCGGCCAUGGCUCGCUGGGCAGGCGGAAGGGUUGGCUACGGUUUCUCGGUCGAGGGGCUGGAGAGAUUGUGGUAGGGCUGGUAGGCAACAAGUCUGAUACGGAUACCGAUUUCGAGGCGAUAGACUUCGAUGUUGGCGGCAUUUUGCUCGAGAAGGAAGAAGCACUUCUCGAAGACGUGGCGAGUGAGAGAGAAGUUGUGCACCCUCUGUUCCGCGAGAGCAGGGUCUUCGACCAGAAUCUGCCAUUGUCCCCAAUAUCGAUGGGCAGCUUUGGGGCAAUUCAACGGGAAUCCAUCCUCGCAGCCGCUCGACGCUCGAUCGUAUCGGCGGACGCAGCCAUGGACGCCAGACUGUCGGUCUUCUCAACACAACGGUCGGUGCAUACUGUACGGGCAGCCAAUGAGAAGAGGCUUCCCCAUUUCGCUAGACGGUCCUCGAGGUCCUCCAAGGUAGAGUCAUGGCUGGAGAUCGGCACACCCGUGAUUGAAAGCACGGCUCGUGAACAAAUCGUAGAGGGGGAUGGCCCUGCGAACGUCAAUGCGUAUGAUUCCAGCUCGUCGACGACAGCAGUAAGGAGACAAAUAUCAAAACUUGAGGGCGAAUUGGUCGCCAGGACCUUGCUUCUUCAGGUACCAUUUGUUGAGACGAGUGCGAAGACCGGCGAGAACGUCGAGGAAACACCCGAGGUCUCACCGCCAUCGCAAACAUCACCGAAGUGCCUCACGGAAAGCGGGAAAGGAAGACAGGGCCCGGAGCGUGAAUACUACGAGCAAAGCUACAAGGCUCUCUGGCCACACGAAAUCAUCCAAGCUCACACGACACAGAGAAUCCAUGUGCCCUAUGGUGAUGACCAAUUCCCGGGAGGAGCUCGACGAAACGUUCUUACUCGAGGCAUCUGA